AUGGAGGACGAUCUGCCCCCGCUGGUGGGCGAAGAUGGCCAAGAGCUCCCUCCCGAGCCGUCCGCAUCGGCGGAAGCCGCAGCUUCCGCGGCUCCGGUGGAAGAAGUUCCAGAGGUGCAAGGUGAGCCAAGUGAGGACGAGGACGAGUAUGGCUUGGUGGUGGAGAGGCUCAGACGAGCUGCUGUGCAGCGUGCAGCUGUUCGAGAGCCUGAGGUCUCCGCAAGCGAUGCCCUCGAAGCUGCCAUGAAGGAGGCCGCCGAAAUCAAGGCUCCCUACAAGGAGCCCAAUGAGUGCACGAAGCGGAUGGUCCAAGCCCUUGCCAAGGACGACUUUGAGGAGCCGGCUUGA